AUGGUUACGCGCGAUGAAACCCAAAUUUAUGUUGGGAACUUGCCUAAUGAUGUCCGAACAAAAGAAAUCGGAGAUCUAUUCUACAAAUAUGGAAGAGUCAGAUAUAUUGACUUGAAAACCUGCCGUGGUCCAUCAUUCGCAUUUGUUGAGUUUUCAGAUCACAGAAAUGGACCUCAACGAAAGUUCAAUUUUCGUAUACGAGUCACAAAUCUUCCACGGCCCACACGAUGGCAUGACCUAAAAGACUACAUGCAGUCGAUAAAAGAUAUUGUCUUUGGAAUAGUAGAGUUUACAAGUUACGACGUGAAGUAUGCUAUCCGAAAGUUCGAUGGUAGAAAGUUCCGGUUUUAUAAUGUCAGUUGUUUUGAGAAACGACAGAGGGAGAAACCACCUAAAUACGUGUUCGUGAGGAAAAGAAAAGAAGACGUGGAAGCCGUGAUUGUUCUCGUUCCCGCUCUCGCUCUGAGCCACACUCCCGUUUGCUCCGUAGUACGUGCCGCAUCUCAUCUCCCCGUGAUGAUCGCAACCAUGAACGUUCCCGUUCACCAAAACAAAGCCCAUCUCGUUCGGCCACGCCACAAUAGUGCGUUUUCUAUUUUUUUUAAAAAUAUUUCAUGUCAACAGUAUUCAAAACUUUUUGUUCAAACGCUAUAG